GGAGAAUUCAUCAGCAGAAGGACACUAGAAUCCCAAUCUAGGGUUUAAGCAAACUGCAAGAAACCGAUACCUCUUCUUCGAAGGAAUCAUGUUUCCUGGAAUGUUUAUGCGUAAGCCUGACAAGGCUGCAGCGCUAAAGCAGCUCAAAUCUCAUGUCGCCAUGUUCAGUGCUUGGGUCGUUGCAAUUCGAGUCACCCCUUACGUCCUCCACUAUCUCAUCGGCGAGAAGGACGAGCUCAAGCUUGAACUCUAGAUUCUGACCUCCAGGUUCAGUUGGUCUUGCGGAGAAGAUGAAAUUGGGCUGUGGAAGGAAUUUUUGGUGUAAGCUAUCAUAUGUUCUGACUUCUGACUUCAAGUUUGUGUAGAUUUCCAUUAUUAAGGUGGCUAGCUGCGUGAAUGUGGCUAUUUGACACUUUAAUAUGAUGAAUCCUGUUUUUCUGUGAAAAGGCAUGAAGAAUAGCUUCUUCAUAAAACAGCUGUCUGCUGCUAAAGGUCAUGUUAUUUUAGAAUGGUGUCGUUUCAGUUAGGACUAGAUUGCAUGCUUUACCGACAAAACGGAUUUUCCAUUCGCUUUCUUAGUGGGUUUAAUAUUUUCUUUCUUUC